AUGCCCACACCAUCGGCAUCACCGUCACCGCUACGGCCAAAACAUCUAAACAAGAAACAUCAAUCCGUCAUCGCCGACAACUCGCCCACGCCGUCCCCGCUCCGUUCGUCAAUCAAGGCCAACCUCAAGAUGAACGACGAUGCGGCCGAGCGCGCGGCCAGAAGACGCUCAGCGCACUUUGGUGACCUCGGCGUCGGCAAGGAGAACAUCCACGCCGACGGCGGCCAGUCGCGCAAGGCCUCGGCCAUGUCGGCCAAGGACGGACCCCAGCACCAGCGUCGCGCGAAGCGCCUGAGCGCCGUCGCUCCCGCCAUCCCCGUCAGCAUGGAGGUCAUGAACACCAACUUUGAGGAGUGGAUGAAGCUCGCCACGGACAACAAAAUCACGUCCGCAAACACCUGGAACUUUGCCCUCAUCGACUACUUCCAUGACCUUACGCUGCUCCGCAACGGCCCGGACGACCAGAGCAUCAACUUCCAGAAGGCGUCGUGCACUUUGGAUGGAUGUGUGAAGAUCUGGACGUCCCGUGUGGACAGUGUUGCUACUGAGACCGGCAAGCUGCUCAGUGGUCUCGCUGGUGGGGGUGGCGGAGAUGGUGAAGAUGGCGAUGCCGACGACGACGACGAGUCUGGCGAACCCAAGGCCACUCGCAAGACGCACCGCUCCGAGGCCACCCUCGCCAAGACCUUUGCUGCGCUUCAGGUCAAGAAGUUUGACCUCGAGUUCACGGUCGACCCCCUGUUCAAGAAGACCAGCGCCGACUUUGACGAAGGAGGUGCCAUGGGUCUGCUCAUGAACCAUCUCGGUAUCGACGGUACCGGCCGUGUCGUCUUUGACGCUGGUGAUGCCGUCGUUGACGAGGAUGACGAGGAGGAAGAGGAGGCGCUCGAGGAAGAGAUAAUCGACAUCACUGCUCUUCGAGAGUUCAUCCCUACGCCCGAGAUCACCGAGGACCUCAAGAUCUCGGACACGCUCGCGGCGUUCCACUUCAGCGCCGACCCGGCCGACAUGCCCGAUCUGGCUGCGAUUGCCGGCCUUACGUCCAACGACUACGCCGACGACCCUGUCCGGGAGGGCUCAGUUCCCCUCGGCACCGGCGAGGCUGUCGACUUCUUCGGUGACGACGACUUUAACGGCGGAGGUGGCGGCUUUGACGACGACGGCUCGGUGGCUGGAGAUGUUGGUGGCUUUGGUGACGACGUCUUCGGCCCUGGCCCCAGCGUCCCUGGUGGAGCACUCGGCAUGGCACGCCCUGGCGAGGGCCAUGGCCCCUUCGACCCCCGUCACGGUGCUGGCCAGGAGCUCGUCAUGGCCCUUGUCGACACGGACGACAACGCGGGCAUGUUUGACUACUUUGACGCCGGCUUUGCCAAGGCCUGGGCAGGCGCCGAGCACUGGAAGCUGCGUAAGGUGGCUCGUAAGGACCCCGUCGCCGCUGCUGCUACAAAGGAGAAGAAGGAGAAGAAGGAGCCGUUCAAGAUUGACUUCCUGGGGGAGUCGUCGCAGACAACCAAGGCUCUCUUCGCCCCUGGCACAAAGUCGGCUACCCAGCUGCCAGGCUCGUCGCGCCGCGGUUCCAAGAAGUCUGCCGCUGCUGCCCGUCGUGAGGAAUGGCUCCUCCCCGACGACAUGCACUUUAGCUCUCGCCAGCUGCUGCGCCUGUUCUUAAAGCCCAAGUUUGCUCUGCGAAUGCGUCGAUCAACAGCGCAGUACGCUCAGAACCUGAACGGCGACAUCGACGAGAACUUCUGGGCUCAAGCAGCAUCCGACCAGGCCGGUGGUGGCGGCUUCGACACAAUGGACAUGGACGAGGCGCCACUUCCAUUCGAAUCGCAGUUCUUCCACGACGAUGGCGAUGGAGACGACGACGCGUUCAUUGAUGAUGCCCUCGACCCAGUAGAUGACCUCGCUCCUGGCGAGGAGCACGACGAUCUGUGGCGGGCGACCCAGGGCCAAGAAUUGCGGCGUCCUCGGCCGGAGAACGUGCACUACGCCAAGAAGGCCAAGCGUGUCGACGUCAAGCGCCUCAAAGACGACAUCUGGAACGACCUCAAAGUGCUUGUCGACACCAACGCGAGACCACAAGGCGCAGUACCAGAGCUCGACCCCGAGUCCGAGUCGGCGCCAGCAAGCGACGCCGAGGCCGAGGCGCCACAAACGCCCAAGGAGCCAGUACAGACGUUUGACAAGGUCAUUCAGACACUACGUGGCUCGUACCCGCGCGAGAAGAUGUCCGAGAUCUCGACAUCCUUCUGUUUCAUCUGUCUGUUGCACCUGGCCAACGAGGAGGGCCUGCGUAUCGAGACGGCGCGGACAGACGGCCUCGACGGCGUCGACUCGGGCUUCAAGGGCUUUGCCGAGCUCGAAGACGACGACACUGUGCGCCCACCGCAACAGAAGCGGAUGGACGAGGGCGAGCGCGUCGACCGUGUCGUUGGUGAGCUGCAGGCGCUCAAGGUCUACAAGGACCCAAAUGCCGGCCGCGCGGCGUAGACGUCGACGUUGGAGGAUGGAUAGAUAUCUCUUGCUCGGGCCGUUUGCUG